AUGGUUGCUUUGAAUGUUGGUUCCAUGCCUGGCCCAGCCCCACCUCAAUUUCCAGGACAUUCCCUUCCCAGCUCUAGCCUGAAGGGUUGGGGACCAAGAUCGCAGGAGGCCCACCCAUGGCUGCGUCCACUGGUAUGGUCACCUUGCCCCUUCUGUGACCAGAACAGGGCCUGGACCACUUCAGCCUGGGCUGGGGACAGCAUGGGACAGAGGGGACAGCGUGGGACAGAGGGGACAGCGUGGGACAGAGGGGACAGCGUGGGACAGAGGCAUGCGCCCCAGGAGACCCAGGCUCUGGCAGAGCCACAGUACCGACCCGCUCUGCAUGUCCCUGCAGCCUUUGGGGAAGGAAAGAAGCAGAGAGGGCAGGGAGAAGCAUGGAGCGGUGUGCAGGGCUCUGGAUGA